CUGAGGCAAGAGAGGAGUCAGUGGCGCGUGUGGUCACAGUGAGCUUUCCACCACCCCGCCGCGUUGAGCUCGGGGCCGCCCGUGUACCGCUCCUCUUGCUCGUCUUGCGAUAGUGUUGCUCGACGCCUCCUCCAUCCCAGUGUGUUCAUUUGUGCCACUCCACACUACAAAGACACGCUCUAAGAUGAUGGAGUUAAGGGUUGGCAACAAGUAUCGCCUAGGACGGAAGAUAGGAAGUGGAUCCUUCGGUGACAUCUACUUGGGAACAAACAUCUCCACCGGCGAGGAGGUGGCCAUCAAGCUAGAAUGCAUCAAAACGAAGCAUCCGCAGCUACACAUAGAGUCCAAGUUUUACAAGAUGAUGGCUGGUGGCGUAGGCAUCCCAGGGAUCAAGUGGUGUGGGUCUGAAGGUGACUACAAUGUCAUGGUGAUGGAGUUGUUGGGACCAUCCUUGGAAGACCUCUUCAACUUCUGUUCCAGAAAGUUUUCCCUCAAGACAGUCCUUCUCUUGGCAGACCAACUUAUCACAAGGAUAGAGUACAUACACAGUAAGAACUUCAUCCACCGAGACAUAAAGCCAGAUAACUUCUUAAUGGGCCUAGGAAAAAAGGGGAAUCUUGUGUAUAUCAUAGACUUUGGCCUUGCGAAAAAGUACAGAGAUUCCCGCACACACCAACACAUACCUUACAGGGAAAACAAAAACCUGACUGGCACUGCCCGCUAUGCCUCAGUCAACACUCACCUGGGUAUAGAACAAAGUAGAAGAGAUGACUUAGAAAGUCUAGGGUAUGUCUUGAUGUACUUCAACAGAGGAUCGUUACCUUGGCAAGGGCUCAAAGCUGCCACCAAAAGACAAAAGUAUGAAAGAAUCAGUGAAAAGAAGAUGCAGACACCCAUUGAAGAGCUUUGCAAGGGAUUUCCAAAUGAAUUUGCCACGUACCUGAAUUUCUGCCGGUCUCUGCGAUUUGAAGAGAAACCAGAUUACAGUUACCUAAGGCAGCUCUUCCGACAGCUCUUCCACCGUCAGGGAUUCACCUAUGACUAUGUCUUUGACUGGAAUAUGCUCAAAUUUGGAGGGUCACGGAAUCAGGAGAACGAGGUAGAGCGAAGAGAUCGUCAGAGCCACAAACCCCAAGCCACAGGUGCCACGUCUCGGAUACGACACGACACUACCGUCGGGGGUGUCUUGCCUUCCCCUACAGCGGGUGUUGGUCGCUUGAGGUCUGGUAGUGAGAGUGAGCAGCGUAUGAACAUGCGCGUCCACCGCUCAGUCACCUCCAACAUGCAAACACCCGAGCUCUCAAGACCAUCAGAUAGAGGGGUGGAAAGCUGGGCCAAUAGUGUGAGUCCUCCAGUAUCUGGAGGAGUAAUUCGACGGGGAUCAGCUGGCAAGGAUGGCACUUUCCGGUACCCAGCCAAGAAGUGAAGACUUGGCUCUUUAGCUCAUUUUGCAAAGUGACUUUGUAGUGUUUCUUGUGAUAUUGUCAGCAUGUGCUGACUAGUAAUGAUCAAUAAUAUAGCGAUAAGUUGCACUGAACUAUUGCAUAAAUUUGUGUAGUGGUCCUUGUGCAGACAUUCACUCCUACAAGGUGGAGUGUGGGGGAAUGUUACACUCAACAGGGAGGACUCAGUUGGUCAGCAGAGCUCAAGCUUGCUUGCAGAUAUUGUUUGUUGACUUUGUGAACUUAAGAAAGUCAUGGCCUUAAAUAGUAUUUUUUGAAAAUAUACUACUAUUUUUUUCUUCUUUUUUUAAAGACAGCUAGGGAAUGGUAUGCAUGAAAUGCACUGGUCACCUGUCAGGGAAAAGGAAUGUUAAAAGUUUGGCUCUCAGUCAAGUCAACUUGAACAGGCAAAUAUGUGUGUUGUGUGUUGUUUGACUGAUGUGGGUGUUUAGGAUUUUAAUUAAUUGAUGUCGCUGAUCAUAGAAAUAAGAUUAAGUUGUAUAUUUUAAAUACUAUUGAUCUCAUUGCCUGCAGGUCGUCAAGGGGCAUCAUAAUGGUAACAGUGGUGGAUCAGUGACAGGCCACCGCUGGUUAGAGGUGUAUCAGGCUGUCGGCUUGAGCAUAAUUCAUAAAAUAUAUUAGUUGAUUUCAUAAUCAUGUAAUACAUCAUGAAGAAAAGGAUACUUCCACAUUUUAUAUUGAAACACAAUGGAAGUAUUAAAUGCCUUAUUUGGGAUUAUUCUGAAAUAUGCUUCAUUGUGAGCUAAUGCUUUGUUUAUCAUCUUAUAUCCAAAUUAGUAAUUAUUCUUAUUUGAAUACUGCAGUUGUAUGGAAGAUGAUUUUUAUAUUUUUGCACAAAUUUUCCCAAAUUCAUUUUACCACUAUGCGAGGGUAAAUGGAACUUAGUAAUUUGCCAGUUGUCUGUAAGUCAUUGUAAGAGGACUGAUGCAGCAGUCAGGGCUAUAUUGUCUUACACAUUGAAAAAAAAAAAAAAAAAAGUUAAUUUGAAGGCCUCCGACUGUUGGUAUUGUCUGUAGAAGUAUAUGUCAUUGAGCUGUAUGAAGUAAAAACACACUUUUUAUACAAUGUAAUGCAUUAUCCAUGGCAUCUUAAAUUUGAUUCAUUAUGCAAAAAUGUCCAGCCAGCCAGUUUGAGUAUCAGUGUGUCAAGUAGGCAUGCACAUGAUUUUAAAGCAGAGAUCUAUUUAAGCCUGUAAACUUCCCUUUAAAAUGUAAAUUCAUUAAGACAAAUUACUCCUAAUCCUGUACUAAAAGGUAUAUAUACACAUACCAGAACUGAUCAUGGAAAGUACUCACAGGCCAUAUUGAACACUACUGAAUUAUGAUCCAGAUUGAAAUAUUAGGCUAAUAUUAUAGCUCCUUUUGUUCUUUGUAUUAUCCAUUGUGUGUCUCAUCCUCUCCUGCAGUUUCAUCCUUUUGUAUCCAUCUUAAAAAAAAAAAACUCUCUCUCUCUCUCUCUCUCUCUCUCUCUCUCUCUCUCUCUCUCUCUCUCUCUCUCUCUCUCUCUCUCUCUCUCUCUCUCUCUCUCUCUCUCUCUCUCUCUCUCUCUCUCUCUCUCCCCUCCUCGUCAUACUCUUGCAUUUAUUAUUUAACUUUUAAUCCUCGAGACUGAAAUUAUCCUGUAUUUUAUUUUCCCUUAUUACCUCAUCCACUCAUUGUCAAAAUUGUAUACCACUCACAAAGUGGACAGUAUAAUGGGAAGUGAAUGAUGUAAAACAAAUACAGUACAAUUUCAGUACCUAUAAGUAUAUGUUCCCAAGAAUUACAAUAAUGCUGAAGCUUAUCCUGGAACACAUGCCUCCUAGCUUUCAUUUUAAAUAUCCACCUCAUUGUAUUUACCAUAUCAUGCUUGAAUAUUUCAUUAUCGUCAGUUGAUAUAGUGUUUUCACAGCCUUGUUUUGAAAGAGUGAGUUUGUUAGCUGUAGAAUGAUGUGUGUAGGUAUAAAUGCAAAAAGUUAGUGGGUAGCUGAGUUUUUCUGCAUAUUUUGUCACUGCAGCAGCAAUUUUUGUUUUAAAUACUAGUAUUGAGAGGAAAAAGGUUUCCAUUAUGUCACCAAAAUUCAUCAUUAAUACAGUAAUUGAUUUUUUUUUCUUAUUCAAGGUACUGAUCCUCUUAACUUACAUUGCAGUGCUAUGAUGGAAACAAAUUGAUGCAUUUUCAUUGCAUUUUACCACAGAAAUAUUUUUGUCAGAACACUCCACAAAAAAAAAAGUUAAUUAAUAAGGUUAUAAAAAUAUUUGUAAGGUAAAUGUAAAACCACUUUUCAUUUCUUAUGUUGUAUGUUUUUACAAUGUUCCCAUGUGUUAGUGAUGUCACCUCAUUGUUGAUGCCACCUCAGUGGUACUCUUCACUCAGGUCACCACACCACCCACCACACUUCAUCAUCAUCCAUGAUCCAAAGUAUGGUAAUAGGUUUGCUCUUGGCCUUGAAAUAUCUUUAGGGGACCGUCUGCUGAAAAUAUUUGGAAUAAAAAACAAAAAAAACAAUGUUCUGAAAAAUUCUUGCG